AUGGCUGGAUUUCUGGACAACUUCCGCUGGCCAGAGUGCGAGUGCAUCGACUGGAGCGAGAGGAGGAACGCCGUGGCCUCCGUGGUGGCUGGAGUCCUGUUUUUCACAGGGUGGUGGAUCAUGAUCGACGCUGCCGUGGUGUACCCCAAGCCAGAGCAGCUGAACCAUGCCUUCCACACCUGCGGCGUCUUCUCCACGCUGGCUUUCUUCAUGAUAAAUGCUGUAUCCAAUGCACAGGUGAGAGGAGACAGCUACAGUGAUGGGUGCUUAGGAAGAACAGGUGCUCGGAUCUGGCUCUUCAUCGGGUUCAUGCUGAUGUUUGGAUCGCUCAUCGCUUCCAUGUGGAUUCUCUUUGGAGCAUAUGUCACACAGAACACUAAUGUCUACCCUGGCCUAGCAGUGUUUUUCCAAAAUGCAUUAAUAUUCUCCAGCACUCUGAUCUACAAGUUUGGAAGGACAGAAGAGCUGUGGGGCUGA